AUGUACUGCUACACAGGAUACGGCAGUGAAUAUUGCUCCUAUAAUAGUGACCCAGUUGACAUCAAAAUAACAGGGCAGCCUUAUCCCAAGCCUUCCAUCACAGUGAGCCCCACUGAGGUCGUUGCCAUGGGGGAAACUGUCAAAAUCCACUGCAAGAAUGAAGUCUUCCAAGAACCGUUGUUUUAUCUUUAUUCACAAAAGAAUUCAAUGUGGUAUUUUAUUAUAUUUAAGAAGGCAACAGGGAGUGAGGCUGUAUUCUCCUUGCCCGAUAUCCAACCAUCACGUGCAGGGAUCUACAGGUGUCACUAUUGCUUACAGUCAGACUUCUAUGAACUAUGCUCAAAUCACAGUGACCAAGCCCAUAUCAACGUAAGAGAUCCUGCCCUAACCAAACCCUCCAUUAAGGUGAGACCCACGGAAGUUCUUUCUCCAGGACUGAAUAUUACCAUCGAAUGCCAAGGGCCAGAAAAUGGCCUGAACUUCUCCCUGUACAAAUCCGGGGACGUGAUAGCCAGACAGAUGUCCCCGCCAGACAGAAAUGCAACUGUGUUCUCUUUGAUUGCGGUGGGGUUGGAAGACGCAGGAAACUACACUUGUCAAUAUCACCGAACAAGAUAUCUCUUUGUGCAGUCAGAGCCAAGUGACCCUGUGGAGCUGGUUGUGAGAGGAAUGUCUCCGCAAAAAGAUCCUGUGACCGUGAUAUGGACAAGCAUUGCUGCAGGCCUUCUCCUUCUGCUGCUCCUGCUCCUUGUCUUUGUACUGUGCAGAAAAAUGAGAAAGGCCUUCUUCAUGUGA